GGCGUGGCCUCGGCUGGGAUUAACCAGGGCGGGCAGGGCGGCCGCGACGGCGGGCUACGGGCAGGGCUGCAGAUACGAGGCCCAACUCCACCCCGCGGGUCCAGGGUCGGGAGUCAGAGACGCAGGUGCAGCAGAGGGCGGGGCAAGUAGCGCAUUUCCAGCCCAUUUUCUUUUGCAUUCUUGAGAUCUCUUAGCUGCGCUUUAGAAACGUUUACAUCCGCUCCGAGUCCAUCUGACAAGCAAGGGAACUGAGGCUGAGAAGUGGGAGGCGUUGCCAUCUGCAGGCCCAGGCAACCUGCUAAGGGAAGACCGGGGGCCAAGACCUCGGGGGUGGCUUUCCCAGGCCAGCUCGGGUCUUUGGGCGUCGGGAGCAAGGGCCCUGCUCCGUUCGUUCCCUGCACCCCGCGCCGCUGCAGGUGGCUCCCUGGAGGAGGAACUCCCACGUGGAGGAGGAGCCAGGGCAGCUCCUGGGAGCGGGGACACCAUCCUCCUGGAUAAGAGGCAGAGGCCGGGAGGAACCCCUUCAGCUGGGCGGUCAGGAAGCUCUGGGAGCAGCCUCAUGGAAGAGAAGCAGAUCCUGUGCGUGGGGCUAGUGGUGCUGGACGUCAUCAGCCUGGUGGACAAGUACCCUAAGGAGGACUCGGAGAUAAGGUGCUUGUCCCAGAGAUGGCAGCGUGGAGGCAACGCGUCCAACUCCUGCACCGUUCUCUCCCUGCUCGGAGCCCCCUGCGCCUUCAUGGGCUCCAUGGCCCCCGGCCAUGUUGCUGAUUUUGUCCUGGAUGACCUCCGCCGCUAUUCUGUGGACCUCCGCUACAUGGUCUUUCAGACCACAGGCUCCGUCCCCAUCGCCACAGUGAUCAUCAACGAGGCCAGUGGUAGCCGCACCAUCCUAUAUUAUGACAGCUUCCUAGUGGCUGACUUCAGGCGGCGGGGCGUGGACGUGUCUCAGGUGGCCUGGCAGAACAAGGGGGACACCCCCAGCUCCUGCUGCAUCAUCAACAACUCCAAUGGCAACCGUACCAUUGUACUCCAUGACACGAGCCUGCCAGAUGUGUCUGCUAAGGACUUUGAGAAGGUUGAUCUGACCCGGUUCAAGUGGAUCCACAUUGAGGGCCGGAAUGCAUUGGAGCAGGUGAAGAUGCUACAGCGGAUAGACAUGCACAAUGCCAGGCAGCCUCCGGAGCAGAAGAUCUGGGUGUCCGUGGAGGUGGAGAAGCCGCGAGAGGAGCUCUUCCAGCUGUUUGGCUAUGGAGACGUGGUGUUUGUCAGCAAAGAUGUGGCCAAGCACUUGGGGUUCCGGUCAGCAGGGGAAGCCCUGAGGGGCUUGUAUGGUCGUGUGAGGAAAGGGGCUGUGCUUGUCUGUGCCUGGGCUGAGGAGGGUGCCGACGCCCUGGGCCCUGAUGGCAAAUUGCUCCACUCGGAUGCUUUCCCGCCGCCCCGUGUGGUGGAUACCCUGGGGGCUGGAGACACCUUCAACGCCUCCAUCAUCUUCAGCCUAUCCCAGGGGAGGAGCAUGCAGGAAGCACUGAGAUUCGGGUGCCAGGUGGCCGGCAAGAAGUGUGGUUUGCAAGGCUUUGAUGGCAUUGUGUGAGAGCUAUGCAGCAGGAGGAGCCGGCUCCCCACACACCAUGGAAGCUGCCUGCCCUUGCGGCUGUAUCGCCUUCUUCCCUCCAUUCAGCCUGGCAUCCAGGUUGCCCUGCUCACGGGACAGUUGCAGGCCAUAGGGAGGACUCUGCCUGUGUCCUGUGUUCCCCACACGUCUCUCCCUGCAGAGCCUCAGAGCAAAUAAAUCUGCCUUGGAGCCAUUUUCCCCUGGCAGCUUCUGUCCUGGAUGUCUGGACUGCUCUGGCUGGGCAUUCCCGAGGCUCUGACUCUUCAGUCCUCCCUCUUUGUGUCCAUUCCCCCAAUUAACCUCCCUGCCCAGGCCCAGAGGAGUGGCUGCCUGGGCUAGAGCAGCAAGAAGUGCCCCGGGCUUGCCACCAGCUCUGUCCUGGCUGGGGAGGACACUCAGCACCCCACACCCAGCGAAUAUGCUGAAGAACCAGAAGCCGUGAGAGCUCCUCGGGGCCUGGGAGUCCACAUGGCUGAGCCAAACUGACAGGCCAGUGGGUGGGGUGCCUCCUCUGCCCUGCCCGCCAGCCUUUGUUGUCCAGAAAUAUCUCCUCCUGUUGACUGCCCCAGAGCCUGAAAGUCUCACCCUUGGAGACCACCUUGGAAUUAAGGGGGUGCCUCAGCCACAAAUGUGACCCAGGAUACAGAGUGUUGCUGUCCUCAGGGAGGUCAGGUUAAAACAUGUAUUGAAAUUGGGGCCAACUCCAGUAUAGGGGGAUAAGGCCUUAUAAUGUAAAGAGCAUGGGCUUUAGAGUCAGACAGACCUGGAUCCAAAUCUGCCAUUUAAUUCUUUGCAUGUCACCUUGCAGUACAGUGCUUCACACAAUCUGCUUCAAUUUCUUCAUCUGUCAAAUGGAGCCAAUUCUGCUUCACCACAGAAUUAUUGUGAAGAUAAAAUCAUAUAAUAUAUAAAAUGCCCAGCAUGAUG